AUGGCAACUUUGGCGAACGGGCAGGCGGACGGCGCGAGCGGGCUGGUGAACGGACUAAGCCACGCGCACGGCCCCACGAGCUGCGCCACCAUCCCCAUGAAGGACCACGACGCCAUCAAGCUCUUCGUGGGACAAAUCCCGCGCAACCUGGACGAGAAGGACCUGCGGCCGCUCUUCGAGGAGUUCGGCAAGAUCUACGAGCUCACCGUGCUGAAGGACCGCUUCACAGGCAUGCACAAAGGCUGUGCCUUCCUCACAUACUGUGCCAGAGAGUCGGCGCUGAAAGCUCAAACUGCCCUCCACGAGCAGAAGACAUUGCCUGGGAUGAACAGGCCUAUCCAGGUGAAGCCCGCCGACAGCGAGAGCAGAGGAGAAGACAGAAAACUUUUUGUGGGCAUGCUGAACAAGCAGCAGUGUGAGGACGAUGUGCGGCGCCUGUUUGAAUCCUUCGGCAGCAUUGAGGAGUGCACCAUCCUCAGAGGCCCUGACGGAAACAGCAAAGGUUGUGCGUUUGUGAAGUACUCUUCUCACGCCGAGGCUCAGGCAGCCAUCAGCGCACUACACGGCAGUCAGACCAUGCCUGGUGCCUCCUCCAGUCUGGUUGUGAAGUUUGCAGACACAGAUAAAGAACGCACCAUUCGGCGCAUGCAGCAGAUGGCCGGUCAGAUGGGCAUCUUCAAUCCUAUGGCCCUGCAGUUUGGAGCGUAUGGAGCCUACGCACAGGUGCAGCAGCAGGCAGCGUUGAUGGCGUCUGUUGGACAGGGAGGUUAUCUCAGUCCUAUGGCUGCGUUUGCUGCAGCCCAGAUGCAGCACAUGGCCACCAUCAACGGCCUGCCCGGAGCACCGAUGACCCCUACGUCAGGAGGAAGUACGCCCCCUGGCAUCACUGCACCCACAGUGACCAGCAUCCCCUCACCAAUCAGCGUUAACGGCUUCACCGGGCUGCCCCCUCCUCAGGCUAACGGGCAGCCGCCUGCAGAGGCAGUGUUCACUAACGGGAUUCACCCCUACCCAGUCCUGCAGGAGGUGGUUUUUAGGGAAGACUCGGAGAAGGGCGGCUUGGGCGUGGCUCAGCGGAGUUGUUUUGGGGUUCAGGGAAGCUGCUUCCUCUCUUCUCUCUCUGAAGCCCAGAGUCCUACAGCAGCUGAUCCUCUACAGCAGGCUUAUGCAGGAGUCCAGCAGUAUGCAGCAGCCUACCCAGCUGCAUAUGGACAGAUCAGCCAGGCCUUUCCACAGCCUCCUCCCAUUAUACCCCAGCAGCAGAGAGAAGGGCCAGAGGGUUGUAACCUGUUCAUCUACCACCUCCCUCAGGAGUUUGGGGAUGGCGAGCUGAUGCAGAUGUUCCUGCCUUUCGGUAAUGUCAUCUCCUCCAAAGUGUUUGUGGAUCGGGCGACAAACCAAAGUAAAUGCUUUGGCUUUGUGAGCUUCGAUAACCCAGGCAGUGCUCAGGCUGCCAUCCAGUCCAUGAAUGGCUUCCAGAUCGGCAUGAAGAGACUCAAAGUGCAGCUCAAGAGGCCAAAGGAUGCCAACCGCCCAUAUUAGCCCCGCCCCCACAUGACCCUCACCCUGGGGGUGAAGGCCACUGCAGCACACAGGGAACAACAGGUUUUGUAGAGUUGGAACACAUGCUGACAACAUGAGUAACGUUAACGAAACACAAAAGAAACUCAAAAGGACAAAGGGGGCGGCGCGGCUGGGUCGGACGCGCAGUGAUAAGUGUGUCGGACAUGUGAGGAGGCCACGGGCGCUUGACACACCACCACCACCGCAAAGCUCAGUGGACCUUUAGGACCUCAGCGGACACUCAGGAGAGCCGCCGCGUUCCGCAACCAUAUCGGACUCCCUCUCUGAGUCUCCGCAGCCUGCCUGAUCAUAGGAGCCCUUCUCAUAUAGAACCACAUGGAAGAUCAUACAGGAAAAAAACAAGAACAACAAAGUAUCUACAACUAAAAAAAAAAAAGAAAAAGAACAAUGUAAGCCCUUUGGAAGAGCCUCAGAAGAAACUGACUCCAAGAACAAGGCAUUAAAGAGAAUAAAAAAAAACACUUUUGAAAUCAAGAACUUUUAGGGGUGGGGGGAUUAUGUAAUAAGGGACUUGUCUUUGAGGAAACUUUUUAAAAGAAACUGUUUUAGAGAUUAAAAACCACCAACAACAAACUUUUUGGAAGAGAGAAAACUUUUGGAAGGAUGUGACACUUCAGGACACAAAGCUUGCUGUGGUUGCGGGAUGGCCAUCUUUAACUCGGAGUGCCUGUCCGUUUCCGGGGGGGACAGCUGCCACAAAGAGCCGCAGCUGCAGUCCCCCUGGGAGGCUUAUCUGUCAUUCCUUAGUUGUGUAGGGACCAAAAGACCAAACCUUUUUAAUGAUAACGACAAAAAAAAUGAA